AUGGUAUAUUCUAAAUUAGAGAACCAAAUAUUUAACAGAAAUGUCCACAAUGAAGAUAUACCUAUAAAGGAGUUAGCCGCAACUGGUGCCGAAACCCGGGAAGUUCAUCGCAACUGGUGCCUAAAUCCCGGGACGCUGGGACAAGCUUUGCUACCGAGUGAGGGGCCAAAUAGGAUUCAGAACUCAACACGCGGAGCAGCGGUGACUUCGGUGAGUCUCCCAAGUAUGAUGAUUGCUGAGGUUGCACCUAAGGUAUUUUGCUUGAUCUUCGUGGCCCUCGUCAUUGUCGUUUUUCUGUGCUGCUUUUGGUUGCGCAGGGAAGGGAGGAGGGCACUGCAAGCACACCAGGACAGCCUAUCAGAGUCUGAUUUAAAAGGGGGGAGGGACUUAGGCAGGUCUAGACCGAAAAGAAUAAAGAUAAAAAAGGAUAGUAAAAAGGAAAAGGAUAAAAAGAUAAAGGGUAUACCUAAAAAAGAAACUCAAGAGAACCCUCAAUGGGAAGAAGGGGAUGGAAAGGAAAAGAACCGGCUUUACCUAGUCUCCACAGAGUUCACUGACUUAGAUUUGUCAGACGAUGAACUCAGCUCACAGGAAGAGGGGGAGCUAGAGGAGGAGGCUGCUAAGUAUGAGGAAGAAAGGUAUGAGCGGGACUAUCACCGUCCCCCAGCCUAUAACCCACCCGGAGCUCGCUCGCCAAUGGAGGGUGUGUCUUGCCCCUCAGCACCUCCAUUAGGUGCACAAGUGACUGAACCAGGAAAGGGUUGCCAUUAUAUCAGCCAGAGCACUUGGGCACGCUUAGCCUCAGCAUACCCGGUGAUGGAGGAUUCUGUCACCCAUCAUAGGUGGUAUGAGCCAGUGCCAUAUAAACAAUUAAAAGAUCUGGUAACAGCAGUUAAGGAUUUUGGGGCUACUGCAGAUUAUCCAAUCGCCCUCCUGCGCAGACUUUGCACCUCGGUGCUGACGCCUACAGAUUGGACAGAGUUGGCCAGGGCCUGUUUGACUAGGGGACAAUUUCUAGAUUUUAAGUCUCUGGUUGCCGAUAGAGCCCAUACCCAGGCUAGAGUUAAUGCUCAAAAUGGUUAUCAUGAUUGGACAGCUGAUAUGCUUCUGGGACAAGGACAGUUCGCUGGCAACCAGGUUGGAUUUCCUAUAGAGGUCUAUCAACAGAUAAGUGAUAUUCAUUACAGGGCCUGGAAGGCGCUCCCCAAUAAGGGGGAGGUGGCUGGAAAUUUGACAAAAAUUAUCCAUGGGCCUGUGGAGCCAUUUGCAUAUUUUGUGGGUAGGAUGAUGGAGGUUGCAGAUAAAACAUUUGGUAGCUCUGAACAUACCUUGCCCUUUGUGCAGCAGAUUAUUUUUGAACAAAGUACCAAGGAAUGUCAGAGAGCCAUAGCACCCGUCAGGCACAAGGGACUGAAUGCCUGGAUAAAGGCUUGUAGAGAGAUCAGGGGUCCUUUGACUAAUGCGGGACUUGCAGCCACUAUGCUUUCAGCCACAAAGUCAUCCCGUGAUAUUAAGGAAAAGGGUGUUUUCGCUGUGGCCAAUUGGGGCACCUUAAAUGAAACUGUCCCAACGGCAGUGGGCCGCCAGGAAGAGCCGUGA